CCUGAGUAACAGUGACAUCUUGACCAUCUAUGAUGGGGAUGAGGUCAUGUCCCAUAUUCUCGGCCAGUACCUGGGCAACAGUGGACCUCAAAAGCUCUACUCCUCCAGCCCUGACCUCACCAUCCAGUUCCAUUCGGAUCCCGCUGGCCUCAUCUUUGGCAAGGGCCAAGGAUUUGUCAUGAGCUACAUAGAGGUGUCAAGGAAUGACUCCUGCCUAGAUUUGCCUGAGAUUCAGAAUGGCUGGAAAACCACAUCUCACACAGAGCUGGUUAGAGGAGCGAAGAUCACCUACCAGUGUGACCCUGGCUACGAUAUCGUGGGCAGUGACACCCUCACUUGCCAGUGGGAUCUGACAUGGAGCAGCGAUCCUCCUUUUUGUGAAAAAAUUAUGUACUGCACUGACCCUGGGGAAGUGGACCAUUCAACUCGUUUGAUUUCGGACCCUGUGCUUCUUGUUGGGACAACAAUCCAAUACACUUGCAAUGCCGGGUUUGUUCUUGAAGGAAGUUCCCUUCUGACCUGCUACAGCCGAGAGACAGGAACACCCAUCUGGACAUCCCGGCUCCCACACUGUGUCUCUGAAGAAACUCUUGCAUGUGACAAUCCAGGACUGCCUGAAAAUGGCUACCAGAUAUUAUACAAGCGGCUCUACCUGCCGGGUGAAUCCCUCACAUUCAUGUGCUAUGAAGGUUUUGAGCUGAUGGGAGAAGUGACUAUUAAAUGCAUCUUGGGUCAGCCUUCCCAUUGGAGUGGACCAUUACCUGUCUGUAAAGUUAAUCAAGACAGCUUCGAGCAUGCUUUAGAAGUAGCAGAAGCGGCCGCAGAGACCUCCCUGGAAGGGGGAAACAUGGCAUUGGCCAUCUUCAUUCCAGUGCUCAUCAUUUCCCUCCUGUUGGGUGGGGCCUACAUCUACAUCACCAGGUGUCGAUACUACUCCAACCUGCGCCUGCCUCUAAUGUACUCUCACCCAUACAGCCAGAUCACAGUUGAGACUGAGUUUGACAACCCAAUUUACGAAACAGGGGAAACAAGAGAAUAUGAAGUUUCAAUAUAAAGACAGUUAUGCUCCAGAUGUGACCUUCAAGAUGUGAAUGACAAUAGGACUUCCUCAGUAACUCAUCCAGAGACCACGUGGCAUUCGAUUGAAACCCUGGCUCUUCCAUUGUCUUUCCUUUAGACUCUUUAUUGAAGAUUUCCUGUUUUCUUCACUGUAUUUAUUAUAUUUAAGUGAAAAUAGGUGUACACAGCUGUUUGGGGUGGCUGUCCAGGCCAGGCACUUGGCACAGUUUCAGUCCUAAGUGCAGGUGUGUGUGUGUGUGUGUAUUUGGUCAUUAAGGUUAAAGGGGAGGAAGAUGGGCCAUGAACUCACUGCUGAUGAAGUCUCUCUGGAUGACGGCACAAAGGAAAAUGGUGCAUUGGCAAGGUUGCUGCAAUGUCCAGACUUAGGGCCACUGGGAGUGAAGGUUUGAAGGUUUGGGGGGGAGUGUCUCUAGGCAGCUAAAGAAAUGUGAGGCCAUAUGGCUCAGGCUCCAUGGGACCAUGAUUUGGUUCUUGGAGAUGACCCAGGGACUUUGGCCAGUUUGAUCUCAAAUGUGAUGCUGUAUUCUCAUGCUCAUCCUUUAUGUUGUAUUGACACUUGGUAGAGGAGUACCGAAUCUUUCCGGUCCCUACCCAUUUCUGGCAAAUUCCUUUCCUCUGUAGGAGAUGUCCAAGCAUCAAAAGCUAUUUUCCUCAUUGUCCCACCUUUUCUGUUUUACCCACUCAUAUCAUUGGCUGUUUAUGGGGGUAAAGGCUUAUCUGCAAUGCCACUGAAAUCAGAGAUAUCUUCCCUCUCCAGCUUCAUCCUUGACUCAGGAAAUUGGUACAAGAAAGGGUCAGCCGCUUCUCUAGGUCUCAGCAGGAAAGGGCACAGAGGGAAACCUGACCCCGUGUUCACAAGCUGCCUGCAUGGCUUCUUUCCCUGAUACCUGCUCAGUAGUGACAAAGAGAUGUGUGACAUGUUGUAGCUGCCAGAAAUUAGCAUGCAUUUAGGCAGCAGGGUCUACCCAAUUCUGCUUGCCCAGGAGCCCUGGGGGAUGCUUAGCUUUCUUUUCUCUUAUUUUGAACACAGUGUCAAUCUAUGGAUUUCCAUGGGGGGGGGGGGGAGUGUCUUAAGAUGAGAGGUUAGCUGAAUUGUGUCUGACCCUUUCCCAUCCCCAUCUCUGCCACAUAAUCCCCAGCUUGACUCUCCCUCCAAAACAAGGGAUUCAGUCAACUCAAUUAUUUGUAAAGCUCAUAUUAUGUGCCAGGAAUCUACUACAACUACAAAGAAUGAAGCAAUCCAAGACCCUCAAGGAACCUGCAAUCAAUCCACUGAGAGAGGAUGAACUGGAUCAAUCAGCAAGGAUUUAUCAAGCAACUACUAUGUGCCAAACACUGUGCUAAGUGCUAGAGAUACAGAGAUUUAAUGUAACAGUACCUGCCCUCAAGAAGCUUACAGUCUACUAGGGGACACAACCAGUGGAUGUAUAAAUACAUGCAAGACACAUCCAGAAUGGACAGGAAGUAACCAUGGAUGGGAAGGCAGUGACUCAAAGGAGCUCCCGAAAUUGGUCUUUUUAAAAAAGCACCUUCAGAGUCCUAAAGGGGCAGUCCUCAUUUCUCUGAAUGACUAAGGAGUAGGGAUUAAGAGUUACAAAAAGAGAUGACAGGUGAUGGGAAAAAGCAUAACUGCAGGGAGCUAGGCUUUCUUCCCUCGUGGACAGAGGGUGUAACCUUGAUCAACCACCAGGGACUCCAGUAAGACUGAGAAUGUAAUGUGGUAUAAGCAACCUGCUGGAAGUCUCCCUGGUGAAAUAAAGAAAUCUCCUGGUAGAAACGGAUCUACUGUAAUUUGAUAGUAAAGGUGGCAAUGUAAAGGUGACAAUGAGCCCAAGUAUCAUCUCACUGCAGUUUCUCCUUUUUUCUUCUCACUGCUUCUUAUGUUGACCAUUGACAUAGAAAAGACCCCUCUUAGUUACCUGCAUUGCCCUUCUCUCCCUUCUUGUAUCUCAGGGUAAUGGGAAGAAUGAGAAAGAAUCAUAACUUAGAUGUGGGAGACUUUCUAGGGCUUCUUUCUAGGAUAUCAAUCACACUGGCAGCAUUCACUGCUCUAGACAACAGUUUAGAGUUGAAGAAUCUUCAGGACACCGAGAUCAGGUAGUUAUAUUCAGGCCAUCAAGGUAGCUACAAAUCUCCUUUGGCUAUAGAGUGCCAGGGUCUUUUCCCUUUUCCCCCAAUCCAGGCACAUCAGAUAGCUAUAUGUGAUGGAAACCAGCACCACGUGGAACUCCUUGCCCUCUGGGAUAGUCAUUCAAAUAACACUGGAGGUACAAUAGAGGAUGGGGAUGGAGUGGAAGGAUGGAGAAGCCCUAUCCUAAUAUCCAUUGCCCUCCUCCCCUCUCCCAACCUAGUACAUACCUGGAUCAGUGGGAUCCUUUGUUUACAACUCCCAUGUGAUGUCCCCUGAUAUGGCCCCAGUUUAGGGUAUAGGAUUUGGAUAGAUCUGGAAGCUUUAGUCAAUCACAGUCUCAGAAUUAAAGAAUUACAGAGUAGAAAGUGAUCUCAGUGUCAUCUAGGCCAGUCUAUAUCUGUACAAGAAUGCCUUUACAAUAUCUUCAAUCAUUCCUUUAAAACUCCCAAUAAGGCCUCAGGCACUUCCUAGAAGUAUGACCUUGGGCAAGUCUCUUCACCCCCAUUGCCUAGCCCUUACCACUCUUCUGCCUUGGAAGCAGUACACAGUAUUGAUUCUAAGAUGGAAGGUAAGGAUUUUUUUAAAACUCCCAAUUAGAGGAAAUCCAUUGCCUCUCAAAGAAGCUGGCAUCAGUUUUGGAUAAAUCAUCAAGAAACAUUUCCUUGCAUCCAGCUUAAAUUUACCUCUUUCCAACUGUCACUGUUGUUCCUAGUUCUGCUUCCUGGGCCCAGGGAGAAACAGUUCUCCCUGUAGCAGCAUCAAGAUUAUUUACUACAAGCUGACUUAUAGUGUUAAAAGCCCCUCUGCUCAUAUGUGGCACCCCUUGGGAAUUUUAGUUGACAGAUUGAAAUAUCUUGGGAUGAAUGGAACAACAGGUUCAUCACUUCCUCUGUGGAAAUCUAGACUUGUUUCUGAAUGGUCCAAGGUUCAGGACUUCCCCUUCUUGGUGGAAAGCUAUUCCAUACCCAUAUUGGUCAAGUUCAACCUCUUCUAUAACUAUCAGAGGAAAACCCAAGGUUUACUACCAAGGUCAGAUAGGAUAUCCAUGUUUUUGAUGGUAUCCCCUGCCCCCUUAAACAUAGUCAAUACACUUCCUGGAGAUGAAUGGCUGAUGCAACAUUUGGGGAAGUAAAGGCCAACUUCAAAGGAAAAACAAUGUUUUGUUAAGGUAAAAAUCAAUCUUUUAUUUACAUUUGACAUUUCAUCUAACAUUUUGCCAACUGAAAUGAUGGCAUUCUAUUAAUCUUUUGUGAUCCUGGAACAUACUAUAUUUUGUGGAAAAACUAAACAUUUUCUUCUAUAAGGUCUUAACUCUAACCCUGCUCCCCAAAAGGGAUACAGGCUGGGAUGGACCUGGAAUUCCUUGUAAUGUUCUGAUGGAUGGAAAAGCUAGUGUUAUUUGGGGGGGUCGGAAUUCCAAUGUCUUUUUUCCAGUCUUCUGUAACCAUGAUGAUGUUUUAAAAUUUUAUUCUAGUCUAGAGACAGUUAGGAUGGGUCCCUGCAUUGUAAAAUACUUUAGAGAAGGGUUUUUUUCUUUUUUCAAAUAUCUGAAUGUGUUUGUAAUUUGUAAUGGCAAAACAAAACAAGUGCCAAAAAUGCACCAGGCAUGUCAUUUCAAUUCAUAUAUGUCUGUUUUUAUAAGGAGAAUACUCAAAUCAUUGGGAUUAAAUAUUUUUGGACAUAAUACUUCCUUGGAGGAAUUUGAGAAUUGGGUGGACCUUUCUACAAACCAUACUAUGUGUUUUAACAGUUGAAAUUAAGUUUACAAAAAUUGGAGCUUCAGAAAAUGUUGAUGCAAGCUUAUCACCAGAUCUUCAUUGCUUAGAAACUUGUCUCUUUAGCACUACCCACUUUGAGUUCAUGGUCAUGUUGAAUCAAUGUAGAAGCAUGCUUCCUGCUCCCCAACCCCCACUAGAUCUUUGAUUUCAUGGGCAUUAGGAACUCCCAAUAAGGAAAUUUUCUCUCUCCCAAUAUGGAUCACUUAACCACUUUGCCUCUUAUAGCCUUAGAGUAUUGCUUGAUGCAAAGGAAGGUUAUGGGCCUUACCCAGGAUCAUACAGCCUUUGGGGUCAUUGGGAGAACCUGAACCUUCAGCUUCCUAACUCUAAGAUGAUCUCUUCAUCCACUGUGCUGUGUUACCACACAACAUUAGUAUUCUGAUAGAAGCUAGGCAGAUAAUAAUAUGAUACCUUGGAAAGAGCCCUCCUUUGGGGGUCAGAGGACUUGGGUCUGAAUACAACCAGUAUGAUAUUGGACAAGUCAUUUCCUAUUUCUGGGCUUCAGCUUUCUCAUCUGUAAAAUGGUGAGGUGAGAGGAUGGGCUCAGUGAUCUCUGAGGUCCCUCCCAUCUCUAAAUCUGUGAUCCUAUGAUAAUUGUUUAAAUAUGUUUCUACUUAUUCUCAGACAACUCCUUAAGGCUAUAAGUUGCAAAGCAAAUGCCUCUCUGCAUUGGCUAGGAGUUCCUCAUUGGGAACUCCCUUUACUGAUGAAAUUAUAUCAUGUACUACCUAUAUGUAUAUGUCUAUACUUGCUGCGAAUAUUAGUCCUUUUCUAUCACCCUGAAGGCAAAGGCCAGAUGAUCCUUUGAAAUAUCAGAUCAACAGCUUUGGACACCUCCUAACAGCCUGAAAGACCCAUGUUGCCAAGUAAUCAGGAUAACCUGUGGAAUGCUAUGGCUGAAGUUUGCAAAGAGCUGUCUAGGUCCUUCCUGGAGAUAGGACACAGUGUCUCUUUUCCACAAAGAAAGAUUGGCUGGAAAUGAGUGGCUUCCAGUGUCUCGUGGAGGACAAUAUCUUCUCAGGAAUGACUGAGCCAGGUUUUGCCCUGUGGAUUUUCAUCUUCCUUUUCUUCUCCAAAUGAUUGUGCUCUAGAUUUUUAAAUCCAGAUUUGGGCCUCUAGAAUUGGUACCUUAGAACUUUAAAGUGAUAAGACUGGGACAUUGUUUCCACAUCUAUAAAGUGAGGAUAUAGGACUAAGAUCCUAUGAGUGUCAGUUCUCCAUCGGUCAUUCCCCAGGCAAUCUUUUCAGAAAAGUCCUGAAUAAAAUUACAAUACUGUCUCUUCUUUUCUUUCUUUCUUUUUUUUGGAGGCAGUGUGGAAAGAGCAUUGGAUUUGGAGUUAGAGGCUAUAGCUAUGCUACUUAUUACCUGUGUGGCCUUGGGCAAGACAUUUAACAUCUCUAAUCAUGAGAUCCUCAUCUGUAAAAUGAAGGUGUUGCACUAGCUGAUUCCUGUCUAGCUAUAAACCUGUGUCCCCAAAUGGCUGCCAUUCUCUUAUUUGUAAAUAUUAACUCCAGUAACAGAAAUGAAGUGCAGCAAAUUGUAUGGGUCACUUUUGGUCACGUGACAGAAUGGAUCAUGGCCAACUGGCACAUCCCAAGGCUCUCUGGUAUGUGAUUCAAUGAACUUGAUGUUUAUACCAAUUGGCCCUUCAAGGUCAUGAGGAGAACCAGGACUGGGCUACAAGACUUGGCAUGAUUCUAGGGUCAUCUGAGUCUGUGAAUUUGGACAAGAUGGACCUGGAAGGAUUGCUAUGCUCCAGAAUAUCAUCUCCUUUCCCUGCCCUAGAAAAUGAAGAAGAACAAUUGAAUAGGCAGGUUUGUUCUGAGGACCAGGCUUCUGAUAUGGGGAAGAGGAAAGAUUUCCUGUUCCCUUGGAACAACACAUUGAGAAAUGUAAGAAUGUUCUCACUUUUUUGACCUGCCUGAGUUAUUUCCAGAUCAUUCAAACCUUUUUGUGUACCUACUAUGCGCUCAGCACUAUGUUGUAAACAUCACCUGGAUAAAACCCAAGGAUGAUACAGAACCUAAUAAGUAUCAUGGGGUCACAGAAUGUCAGAUCUGGCAGUGACUUCAGAAGCUUUAUCAUCCCAUCUGUACCUGAAUAAGAGUAUCUUCUACAAUAUAUUGAACAAGGAGCCCCCACUCCCACCUUGCCAACCUCUCUUUGAGGAAUUCCAAAUGGGGGAAAAAACCACUGUGUCCCUAUCUCCUGGGCUGACAGUACAAAAUGAAGAAGCUACUUGAACCAAAUCUUCCCUAAUCAAUCAGAUUAGUAAGAUACCAACUUGGAUAAUUGUACCACCAUCAAGAUUGACCAAACAGUUUCAAAGGUAAAUAACAAGAAGAAUACUCAAAUAGUUCUAUGAACUCAUUGAUUCAAGAGCUGUCUUAGAUUAUAUUAGUAGCAUAAGUGCUUUUAACUUCACUAGUCUAGUUCUAAGACCCAUUGCUUGUGAAAUGCUUAGGCUUCAGUUGGUAAUUACCCCAUGCCAAAUGACAAUCAAUGACAUCUUUUCAAGAAAACUAUUCACUAUGAAGUCCUGGCUUCCAAUCUUGCUGACUGGCUGAAUUCUGCAUGGUCACAUGAUCAUAGCUGAAAAUCCAAUGUCUGAUGAAGAAGGGGUCAUAGAAUCACAGAAUGUCAGGGUUGGAAUCAACCUCAGAAGGCAACUAGUUCAACUCAUACUUCCAACUACCCCUCACCCAAACCUAUAACAUACCCAACAGUCAUUCAGCCUCUGCUUGAAGACCUCCAAUUAAGGAGGGACCUACUACCUCGUAAGGCAGCUCAUUCCACUUCUGGAGAGCCAUGCUUGUUGGGAAGUGUUUCCUUAGUCAAAUGUUCCAAGGAAUCUGUGAUUUUAUGAAUGUGGGUAUUCCCUCCAAUGAUACAGAUCACAACCAUCCAUGCCUUCUCAUUCUAGGUGACUCUUGUCUGUGUCCUCCCUUGGGUUUGCCACAGGGGCUCCACCCAACAUUCCAGGAAACCUACCUCCCUUUUUCUUGCCAACAUGAAAAUUUCUGUCUAUUGAGCCUGAAUGUGCCUCUUUGCAAACAUCCACCCAGUAAGAUCAUCUGGAGAAAUCUUCAGGAUGCAAAAUGAAGUCAAUUGAAAAUAGGAGUGAAGAACUGAACUUAGAACUUUAAGUGUUCCCCCCAACUUAGACAAAGGAUGUGUGUUGUGAAAAGCUGGGGAGGGGAAAAGUUGGCAAUUUUAUGGUUUCCAUCCCAUUCCAAGAAUCAGAAAAUGAACUGCUAAAGAAUGAAUCCACCAUUAUCAGUAAGUUACAUCUCUCUCCUGGAGAGGCUUGGAGGGAGGGGGCCAUUUAAAAGGACCAGUGAAAUAAAUAGUGAAGAAGUCCUAGCCAAUGCAAAUUCUCAUGGCUCAAAAUCUCUCCAUUUGGGAAGGGAGAAUGUGUUCUGUGCCACCAUUUUUCUUAUGACUCAGUUCGUGACUUUUUAUAAGUGGUUUGUAUGUAGUAUAGGGGUUUCACAGCAGCUUGAUUAUAUAAACUACUUCCUAUUUUGUUCCUGAAGUCAGGAGUUUUCUCCUUUACAUGAACUAGAACCUUUGUAGAGCAACAGAAAUGUAUAUUUUCAUGCAGCUUUUUUUCCUGAACGUAAACUACGGUUUCCUAUUUGCUUUUUAAAUUGUCAUACAACUUGAAUCUUUAAUCUCAAUUCAGAAGAACUGACUGUCUGCAGCAAAGCUUUUCCAGCCUUGGUUCCCAUCCCUGAAAAUUAGAGUAGAGCUCAUUCCCUGGCGCUCUCCAUGGUACUGAACCCCCACCCCAGUGCAAUAAAUCUCUCAUUUUUCAUCACA